CCGCGCGCCGCGCCCUGCGCUGACCGUCUGGACGCCGCCCUGCCAUGGCGGUGCCCCAGAGGUGCAGCUGGGCCCUUGUGACCUCCACCCUCCGGUACUGCGUGACGGCCAGCGGCACAGUGAUGCUCGUGGCCGGGACUCUCUGCUUCGCUUGGUGGAGUGAGGGGGAUGCCGCAGCCCAGCCUGGACUGCCGACCUCCCCAAUGGGGGCCCCCGUGCCCGAGCCCCCCAGCCCUCGGCUCAGGUCCAUCAGUCUCCUCUGCUGCGGGGCCGGCGGGCUGCUCGUGCUUGGAGGCCUGCUGUGGUCUGUGAAAGCCGGCCACCGGCCGCUGCCCCGCUGGGACCCGUACCACCUCUCCCGAGACCUGUACCUCCUCACGGUGGAGAAGCAGAGUGACAGGACCCCAGGCCUGGGUGCCAUUCCCUCGUACGAGGAGGCCCUUCACGGCCCACUGACCGAAGGGCCCCGGUGCCCCCCUGCGUACCCCACAGCAGAAGCCCUGCUCAGCAGCCAGCCCCCCAGCCCUCCGCCCAGCUAUCAGAGCUUGCUGGCCGCAGAGGCCGUGGGCACUCACCACUGCUGGCCGCCUGGGAGCACGGCACAGCAUGGGGGCUUAGGGGUGCUCCAGCCUGGAGUCUGA